GCUUGAGAGAGAAAAAAAUCAAAGCUCUUUAGAGAGAGAAAGAGUAAAGAUGUCGAAAGAAGUGAGCGAAGAAGGCAAAACCCACCAUGGGAAAGACUACGUGGAUCCUCCACCAGCUCCGUUUUUCGACAUGGGUGAGCUCAAAUCCUGGUCUUUCUACAGAGCUCUCAUCGCUGAGUUUAUCGCUACUCUCCUCUUCCUCUACGUCACCGUAGCUACUGUCAUCGGCCACAAGAAGCAAACCGGUGCUUGUGACGGCGUUGGUUUACUCGGUAUUGCUUGGGCUUUCGGUGGUAUGAUCUUCGUCCUCGUUUACUGCACCGCCGGUAUCUCUGGUGGUCACAUUAAUCCAGCUGUGACUUUCGGUCUGUUCUUAGCCCGUAAGGUCUCGUUGGUGAGAGCUCUUGGUUACAUGAUAGCUCAGUGUCUUGGAGCCAUUUGUGGUGUGGGUUUCGUGAAAGCUUUCAUGAAAACUCCUUACAACACGCUUGGUGGAGGAGCUAACACCGUAGCUGACGGUUACAGCAAAGGAACUGCUCUCGGAGCUGAGAUUAUCGGAACUUUCGUCCUUGUUUACACCGUUUUCUCUGCCACUGACCCUAAGAGAAGCGCUCGUGACUCUCACAUCCCCGUUUUGGCUCCACUUCCAAUUGGAUUUGCUGUGUUCAUGGUGCAUUUGGCUACUAUCCCCAUUACCGGAACUGGUAUCAACCCAGCAAGAAGCUUUGGUGCUGCUGUUAUCUACAACAAUGAGAAGGCGUGGGAUGACCAAUGGAUCUUUUGGGUUGGUCCGUUCUUGGGAGCAUUAGCUGCAGCAGCUUACCAUCAAUACAUAUUGAGAGCUUCAGCAAUUAAGGCCUUGGGCUCUUUCCGAAGCAACGCAACCAAUUAAUGAAGGCUUAAAAGAUAUGUGAAGAAACAACUUUAAGAUUU